GAUGUCCAGCCUUUCUCAACAGAGGUAUACUGCUUCUGUACAUGGAAGUGCAUAAAGAUGGAAUUGUAUUCGGCUCAGUUCUCAUUCUCUGCCGUAAAACAGCAUCUUAUAACUGAGCAAAAUCCAUAUUUUGACUUGGGAUCAAAGUCAGUUGCCUAAAACCUCUUCCAUGGCUGGCUGAGAUCGUGACGCUUGUGUUUUCCGACGGUUCAGUGUACGCAAACGUUCAUUCGCAAAAGUAUUCAAAACGCUGUAUAAAAUUAACCUUCAGGCUAUGUGAAUAAGGGUUUAUACAAAACGUAAAUGAAUGUUGGAUUUAGACCUGGGUACCUGCAUUUGCAUAUAGGUACAUAGCGCAUGAUCUACCUAUACGCAAAUACAGGUCUUUGAAAACCCAAAACUCUUCAUUUCAGAUAAAGGAGGCUCAACCUGAAUUCUUAUAUGUUGGGAAUGCAGUACUAUGUUUUGAAUACGCUUUGGGUUUGGACUUCAGAGAUGCUCAGACUUUAUGCCCAGAGCAAGUCAUAUGUUCUGUUGCACACUAUAAUUCACAACGAAAUCUUACACAUGUUUUGCCUUAAGAAAGAACCACUGUGAUUAAUCAGGCUAACACUUACUGUAUAUACUUGACUAUAAUGUCAAGUAUAUACAGUACAUGUAUAAGCCGAGGGCAGGUCUUGGGACCAAAAUGUAUGGAUUUUGAUGUGACCCAUGGAUAAGUCAAGGGUAAAACUUAGGGGCACAUAGCAAAGGAUGUGAAGGACGAGGCAAAGGAAAAACCGUGCCAAAAAAUGUACAAAAUCCCAGCAGGCAAAACUAUUUGUGUUCACAUCAAAUAGUAUAAGAGACUAGAUGGGAGUCAUUGCUUCCAGUACAAAUUAUGCUCCUCCUCUGUGGUUAGGGCAUCUGGUCACAUAUCCCCAUGUAUUGCAAAACCUGGAUUCUGGUCCGGAACUUAGGCUGGUCUUUGCGCAAGUUGCCGCGGCAAUUACCCGGACGGAGUGCUCCAUCUUUUAUUCCAGAAGCCCCCAUUGAAGACCUGUCAUGGAAGGAAGCCCGUUGCUCCGGCAACUGAGAGAGCAUCAGCCAGGACUGUUCCAUGUCGUCGCGGGCACCAUGUUGAGCCCUCACCGCCAGUCCGUACUGACCAAUGCGUGUGUCAAAGCCUUCGUGGACCCUGCCACCCGGGCGCCCGGCACCAUCUAUGAGCCCAAAGGUCGAGUCCGGCUCUUGGGCCUGUUGUCAGAGAGCAACCCUUCGCACCAGGAGGACUAUCUGGAUGCUGGAGAUGGCAUGCUGAUCUGCAUGAAGCGGACAAAGAAGAUGGCCCCCAGCUCAACAAAGAAGGGCUACUGUGAACCUAAAACCAAGGUCCCAAAUGUCAGUGACGCUUCAGACAAUGAGACAGAGCCAGACUCCAACAGGCAGUUGGUGUGCACCACUCCAGAGCCAAGCCAUGCCUCCACGGACCUUGCGCCACUGCUGGAGCCCACCAGACAGCCCCGACUGGGCUCCUUCCCCUUUAACUGGAUGUGGGAGAGCGUCUCCGUCAAAGGCCAGGCCAUGUACCAGGACAGUUCCCUAGCGAAGACCAAGAAGAAGAAUCCUCCCCGGGUGUCUGACCUCUCUAUCCAUCAACCUCCUGCCACACCAGAACCAAGCUUGGCCCCCACUGGUGGCAAGGACAAUAGCUGCUUGGAGAUCUGCAAGCCGUUGACUGGCACUGACAAUUCCCGGUUGAGGUCGAGGCACCAGAAAUGUUGCCAAUGUGGGGGUCUUCCUCCCGGGAGCCCUCUUGUGCCUCUCUACUGGAAGAUGGAGGCCCGGGCUGAUGCUCGGAAGCGCCAGUUGCGCCAAGAACGCCGGCAUUGGCUUCAACUCACCCAGCAGCUCCUAAGCCUUGAGGAGCAUCCCCCCAGGAAGGAGAAACGUCUCUCAGUUAAGCAGCUGGAGGAGAAACUACGAGCCGAACUUCUCUGCUUGGCUACAGAACCAGAGGAACCCAGUCCCCAGAAGGAGAACAAGAAAGGAAAGGGCCAGGACCCAGCGACCAAAGAGGAGAUGACCUUCAAGCCCACCAUCAACCGCAAGAUCCCCAACUUCAAGAACCUCCAGAAGCGCUUCCAGGACCAACUGGCCCGGAAAAAAGAGAAAGCAAAGCUGACCAUCUGCAAGCCCUUCCACCUUCACUCGACCAACAGUUCCCAGACACUUUCUGGGAAUGAGGACAAGCAGGUUGAAGAGGACCCCUUUUAUGAAGUCCAACAGCUCUGGGGCGUUCAGUGGCGGGCUCAUUCCUGCCCCGAUUUCAGCCCUCCGGUGAUGCACACCAAGGCAUCCGACAAACGUCAAGAGGCCAACAGGCUACUGAUAUUAGAAUGGGAACGCCGGGAGCGCCAGGAAAAGCGGAGGGCCGAGCUGCGCAGAGCCAAGCAGCAGCAAGUACAGCGCGAUGUGGCCAAGUGCUUGGCGACCUACCGGACUCAGGGCCGCUCCCCUAUGUCCAUCCAGAGACGGCGGGAAGAGCUCCGGAGACAGGAGAAGCAGCGCAUGGAAGAGUACACCUUGCAACUGCAAGAAAUCCAGGAACGAGUGGACAGCAGACCUUACCUCUUUGAAAGAGUCAUGCAGACUAACGCUCGCCAGGCUGUGGAGCGGAGAUUCUCACAAGUCCUGAGUGCUUUGGGCAUCAACGAAGAGAUGCUGUGGAAGAAUGCCACACGGCCAUUGACUGCCAGGUCCACAUCCAAAGCCAUGCAUAAGAGGACAGAGUCUUUAGAAGACCUUCCAGAACAUUUUCCAACGUCUUCAGAAGAUCUUGGAGAGCAAAAGGUUGGCAGACAGAAGACAAUGAGAUAGACAGUCAUUCUAUCUGGGAUCUGUAGCCACGAAGCACCUAAAAAUAAA